AUGAGUAUACCACUAGUUCUGGAGGAUGAGAAUGGUGGUGUAGAUGUAUACUCUGCUAGCUUAAGAAAGCACUAUAUCCUUGCAAAUGAUGAAUGGAAAGACGAUAUAAUGCUUGAAAUUAUGGAUGGGCACAAUGUCUAUGAUUUCAUUGAUCCUGAUAUUUUACAGAGGCUUGAGGAAUUGGAGCGUGAGGAAGGUAUUCGGCAGGAACAGGAGGCUAAUGAUGAUUUUGAGAUGGAUGGUGCUGAGUUGACUGCAGAAGAACAAGAAGCCCUAGCUGAGAUCAGGAAAAAGAAAAGCUUUCUCAUUCAACAGCAUAGGAUGAAAAAAAGUACUGCAGAGAGCCGACCAAUUGUUCCCCGAAAAUUUGACAAAGAGAGACAGUUCACUUCUGAAAGAAUGGGAAGACAGUUAUCAUCUCUUGGACUUGAUCCUAGUUUGGCGAUUAAUAGAGCUCGUAGUAAGUCCAGAGGUCGUAAGAGGGAGAGAUCACCUGAAAGAGGAGAAGAUGCCAUGGAUGUAGACAAUGAUCAACCUAGCAAGAAGCUGCGCUUGAGGUCUAGAUCUCGGUCAAGGUCACGUCCACCAAAUGAAGUGGCCCUAGGAGAGGGUUUCAAGGACUCUGCUCAAAAGGUUAAGGUUGUGAAGCUGGCUAAGAAAUCUGUAAAGAAGAGGAACAAGGAUGCUCGGCGUGGAGAGGUUGACAGAGUCAUUCCUUCUCUAAAACCCAAGCACUUGUUCUCUGGCAAAAGAUCCAUCGGAAAAACCCAGAGGCAUUAG